CCCCGGCCCUGAGAGAAGCCGGCCGUUUCCUGUCGCGAGGUGCGUGAAGCCGUGGUGUGGGCUUCUUUCUGAGGGCAGAAGCUUUGGAAGUUUGGCGGCCGGGGCUCAGCGGCCGGCGGGUCUGAGGCCGUCACCAUGCCACAAAACGAAUAUAUUGAAUUACACCGUAAACGCUAUGGGUAUCGUUUGGAUUACCAUGAGAAAAAGAGAAAAAAGGAAAGCCGGGAGGCUCAUGAACGCUCCAAGAAGGCCAAAAAGAUGAUUGGGCUGAAGGCUAAGCUCUACCACAAGCAGCGCCACGCUGAGAAAAUACAGAUGAAAAAGACUAUCAAGAUGCAUGAAAAGAGAAACACCAAACAGAAGAAUGAUGAGAAGACCCCCCAGGGAGCAGUUCCGGCCUAUCUGCUGGACAGAGAGGGACAGUCACGAGCUAAAGUCCUUUCGAAUAUGAUCAAACAGAAACGUAAAGAGAAAGCGGGAAAAUGGGAAGUCCCUCUGCCUAAAGUUCGUGCCCAGGGAGAAACAGAAGUAUUAAAAGUUAUUCGAACAGGAAAAAGAAAAAAGAAGGCAUGGAAGAGGAUGGUCACCAAAGUCUGCUUUGUUGGAGAUGGCUUUACAAGAAAACCACCCAAAUAUGAGAGAUUCAUUAGACCAAUGGGCUUACGUUUCAAGAAGGCCCACGUAACACAUCCAGAACUGAAAGCCACCUUCUGUCUGCCAAUACUUGGUGUAAAAAAGAAUCCUUCGUCCCCAUUAUAUACAACUUUGGGUGUAAUUACCAAAGGCACUGUCAUUGAAGUGAAUGUGAGUGAGUUGGGCCUCGUGACACAAGGAGGCAAAGUUAUAUGGGGGAAGUAUGCCCAGGUCACCAACAAUCCUGAAAACGAUGGAUGUAUCAAUGCAGUCUUACUUGUUUGACAGCAGUCUCAUAUAAGUAACUUCUAAUCAUUAAAGAAGGCUACAGAUUAAAUGGGGACACCGUCAUUCCUGUGAUGUUUCUGCAAACUACCAAACAGCCCUACUCUACAGUCAUCAAGAGAGCUAUUUAUUAAUCUGUAAAAAAACA